AUGUCGUUCAAAUACACGAGCGCCGAGGGGUCUAACCGUCCCCGACCCAUCUACGACAACGAGGAGGACAAAAUCGCCGGCAUCGCUCCGUCAGGCCCUGUCUUCCAAAACUUAUCUCUCUCCAAAUUUCCUCCCGCUACCCCGCUCCCUGCUCCCUGGCCCAUCACGCAUUUGAGUCCACGUCACUCACGGCCUUUGCUGGAUUCUGUCCUCAUGUUUUCGGAGCGCAAUGGCGACGAAUUUUUUGACCAGGGCAACUACCCUCGGGCCAUCCAGUUCUAUACCCAGGCUUUGGUAAGGGAGCCGCGCGCCCCUGCCCACUAUAUCUCUCGCUCCGUCGCAUACGCCCGCCUGAAGCCCGAGGAUGGCGGCCCCAACUACCAGGCUGCCUUGGAUGAUGCUGAGGCCGCCCUCUCCAUUGCUGCCGAGCGUGGUACUCGCGAGUAUGUCCUCUCUGCGAACUUCCGCCGCGCGAUCUCUCUUUUUCAACUGGGCCGCCUAGGCGACGCCGCUUUUCUGUUCACGGAACUGGCGCAGUCAAUCAAGAAUGAGCAAUUCCCGCCCAGCGUUGAUGCGCAAAACAGCUACCGGUCUCAGAUUCUCAGCUGGGCGAUUAAACUCGAAGACAUGAAGGCCAAAGACACUGUUGGCGGUCCCCGCUGGGAUGUGACCGUUGGCUUCUUUCCCAAAAAUGCUUUCGUCCCCUCUCUUGACGAGUUGAAGAUUCAGCUGGGGGCAGCUCAGACUGGCGUUCUGCUGCCUACCCGUAAACCUGAAGACAAAUCUGCAAAGCCCAAUUAUCCUGUUGUCGAAAGUUAUUUCAAGAAUAUUGAUGAUGAAAUGCCAAACGCCAUUCGUCACGACUGGUUCCAGACCGUGGAGGUGGCUACUGUCACCUUCUACGCAAGGUCUUUCAGCUUCCGUGAUGUUGAGGUUGUGGUCAAGAUACUGAAAGAUGAGGCCUCUGUUGCGCUUCCUAUCCCCGGUGGCGACAAUUUCAACAUGGUCAUGCCUCUUUUUGGUGAGAUCAACCCCGAGAAGUCAAGCUACGUAACCAAGGCCCACAAGCUCGAAGUCAAGCUGCACAAGGUGCAACCUGCCCGGUGGAAGGAGCUGCUGAGGGACUCCAAGCCUGGUGAGACGCCAGAUAUGCAGGAACGCGGUUUCAAAUGGAAAAAUCCUAAGCCCCUCGAUGCCUACAAGGACGGGAAUCAGGUCCCUACCCCCAAGAGGGCCAAAGAGCAGGCCAAAGAGAAGCAGAAGGAAAAGCCCAAGGUCUAUGUCACAGCCGAGGAUUCCGAUUCCGACCACGGCGAUGAUGUCGAUGGUUUCUUCAAGAAGCUUUAUGCUGGUGCUGAUCCUGAGACUCGUCGCGCCAUGGUCAAGAGCUUCAUGGAGAGUCAGGGCACGUCUCUUAGCACCAACUGGGAGGAUGUGAGCAAGGGGAAGGUCGAGCCUCGUCAGUAG